AUGGAUAAGGAGUGGACGAAAUUUCCAAGGAUUAAUAAUGAGUAUAUAAAGGGUGUUGAAUCAUUUCUUGAUUUUGCUUACACAAGAGGAAGACCUCAAGGACGUGAGAUUUUAUGCCCAUGUGCUAAAUGUAAAAAUUGUAUUUGGGCUAGACGACAUGUGAUCUACGAACAUCUAAUUAUCACAGGAUUUCUUGAAGGGUAUGAUCUUUGGGUCCAUCAUGGAGAAGAAAUACCUUCGCCCACUAGUAAAGAUGAAGACAUGAUAGAUAAUGAAGAUUCACACGAUGAUAUUAAUGCCUUAUUGUAUGAUACAUUUAGAAAUGUGGUAGAAGAAAAAGAAGGCAAAGAGGGUCCUCACGAUGAAGCUAAAAAGUUCUACCAAUUGAUUAAUGAUGCAAAUCAAGAACUCAACCUUGGAUGUGAAAGCUUCUCCACUUUAUCUUUUAUCAUUCGGCUAUAUUUAUUAAAGUGUCUUCAUGGUUGGAGCAAUUCUUCAUUCACUGACCUCUUACAACUACUAAAAGAGGCCAUGCCUAACUUGAAUAUUCCUGAAUCUUUCAACAAAACGAAGAGCAUGAUUACUGAUUUAGGUCUUGAUUAUAAAGAGAUUCAUGCAUGUCCAAAAGAUUGCAUAUUAUUUUGGAAAGACAAUGAGAAUUUAGAUGUUUGUAGUAUCUAUAAAUCUUCACGAUGGAAAGAAUUUCCUGAAGCCAAUUCUGAGGUUGAGGGCCCAAAAUAUCAGCAUAAAGUUCGUGCCAAAGUAUUGCGGCACUUUCCAUUGAUUCCUAGACUUCAAAGACUGUUUAUGUGUUCGAAGACUGCUGAGUUAAUGAGGUGGCAUGAAGAAGAACGAGUAAAGGAUGGAAAAAUGAGACAUCCUGCUGAUGGUGAAGCUUGGAAGAGCUUUGAUGGCCUUCAUGAAAAUUUUUUUGUUGACUCGCGUAAUGUAAGACUUGGUCUGGCUAGUGAUGGCUUUAAUCCAUUUAGAACCAUGAGCAUAUCUCAUAGCACAUGGCCUGUCAUGAUGGUUGUGUACAACCUUCUGCCUUGGUUGUGCAUGAAACCUGAAUAUACAAUGUUAUCGUUGUUGAUUCCUGGACCACAAUCAAUAGGAAAUGAUAUUGAUGUGUACCUUCAACCUCUGAUCCAUGAGUUGAAAGAGUUAUGGGAGUUGGGAGUACAAACCUAUGAUGCUUCAAAAAAUGAGACAUUUCAAAUGCAUGCAGCUCUUCUAUGGACAAUUAGUGACUACCCUGGGUAUGCUAUGUUGUCUGGUUGGAGCACAAAAGGAAGAUUAGCUUGUGCAUAUUGCAAUUACAACACUAAUUCAUCCUACCUAAAACACAGCCAUAAGAUGUGUUAUAUGGAUCAUCGUGUCUUUUUACCAGUAAACCAUCGUUGGAGAUUUAAUAAGAAGUCUUUUAAUGGAAAAAAAUAG